UAACAAACCACCGCCCAGCCACCCCACCCAGACGUUGAGAAUUGGUCGCAACGCUGGGCGCAUACAAUUAAACAUUUCUCCUAGACAGUUCAACGAUAUUCUAAUUUCCCCACCCAAAUCUAUCAUCCCCAAUGCCACGGCCAAAGCGAACUCGAGGCGUCGCGACGCGCCAGGCGAACCUGGGGGCCGAAACAUCCGCACCGACCAGCGCAACGCAGCCAGCCGCACACAACCCAAUUAUCCCUUCCGGCUCCAGCACCGAUAUUUACGACCUUAGCGACCGAGAGAAGGAGAAAAUAAGGAUCCAGAAAGCAGGACUCGGCGCGGAGGCGGAUGACACCGCGUCGCAGAGCGCGCGACCGCGACUCGGAGUGAAAGGGAACGCCCAGCAAGCGAAGGCGCUGGAGGAUUCAAUGAGCAGGCGCGACGAGGCAAUGACGCGCAUGGACGAUCUUACUUCCACAUCUAAAACCUUCAACGCGUCAUCUGACGACGUAGAGAGUCCGCCAGAGAUCGGCCGCCGCAGCCAGACAAGCCUCCGACAAUGUCGGCCGACAGACGUCUCUGGCUUGGACUUGGACGACGACAUGUUUGGCGAUUUGGACGACAGCCUGGUUGGCCACGACCAAUCGCAAAGCGUUCAUCACUCGACCGACACGUCGAGUCUCAAUGUAGCAGCCUUCCGGAAACGCCCUCGCAAGUCGAGCAUCGUCGGCAGGGACGACGCUCCCAUCAGGCCAAGCAGCAGAGGCCCGAAUACUCCAGGAAUCAGUUCCACCCUCAAUUUUGGCCAUUUCAGGCGACGCCCGAGGGAGCCCAGUAUUCUCGGCACGGGUCGGAGAGGCCGGUCGAACAGCCGGCAGCCCCAGGCUUCCGGAGAUGAGAGCGAAAAUGAGCGAGAUUUGACGCGUAAUAUUGGUCUGACGCCGCUGCGCCAGACAUCCAGACAGCUUGGUGGCGCGCCCUCGAGUGAGGCCCCGAGGCAAGCCUCGCCAAAUGAGCGCACACGGAAGAGGAAGUCACUGGAGGACCAUGGAAGUGGUCAGAAGCGAGCCGCGCUCGACUCGGACGAUGACGUCCGCGACUCGAUAGAAGUUGACGACAGCCCUGACGCCUCACGUCAGGGUCGCAGUCCACCUCGCCUAGCCACCCCGGAUAUGGACGAUCCCGACCUGGCUCCGCCGCUGAGCAGCGGAUCGUCUGAAGGUGGGGCCGCCAUCUGGCCCCCUCUGGAUUCUCUUGCGCACCGAACCUACCGGACGAGGAGACUAGCCUCGCGGGCCCUGAAGACUCCCGAGUUGGGCGAUAGUGGCUCCGACAUUUCAUCACCCCCCUCCCUCACGCAUUCGCCGAACUAUAGACCAGCAGCGAAAACCAAGCGGAAUGUGCGAGCCGCCAAGGCCAAAGUCACCACGGCCGAUCUGGCGUCCCUGCUACCUCGGCGACGCCAUAAAAAGACGGGAUCCAACCCCUUCGAGAUCACCAGCUCGGAUGCCGAGGAAGAAGAUUCCACCCUCGGGAACGAGGAUGACGAGCUCGCCUACACCAGUUCGAGGGCAACCCGUACCAGGAAAACACCACGGCCGCCAGGCCGCGCCGCGAACAGCGAGGCAAAGGACAAGAGAGCCCCCGGAACCGGCAAGACCUCCCGGCGGACGUACGGGUCCCGCAGCUCGGACAAGGAGAACCAGGGCGAGGAGGAGAUCAUCGUCGGCGCCGGCGAUGAUGCCGCGGAGGACGAGGGCGAGGAGGACGGGGUGGAGUUGCCGGAUGAGGAGACCAGCCAGAUGAUGCUGGUGAGGCUGGGCCAGGAGCUGAAGAGCGCGGCGAAGAAGUUCAAGGAGGUGGACAAGUGGGAGCUGGAAUUCGAGGAGAUCACCCACUCGUCGUCACCGAAGGAUGCGCGGUGACGGGGACAUGCCUGUCACGAAAGGAUAAGGAGCGAAGGGAGGUUGGAGUGGAGGGUGGGCAUAACUUGCCUUCAGGUCUGUGGUUUUCAGGGGCUCGGUCGGGUCUAACGUUUUUUUUUUUUUUUGCAUCAUCGUCCGUUCGAGGAGGACUUUUUCCCCUGUUAUUGGGGCUUAGGAGAUACCAGAUGCCUUGGCUUCAACGUAGUCGAUAGGGCUACUAUUUAUUUUUUGAGACCGAGGACACUUGUCCCCGCAAGAUGUAACGAGGAUAAGGGGUAUGGGGGAAUUUGCUUGUUGAGGACCAAAAAAAAAGACUUCCACAGCUGUGUUUGGUUUUAUGAGAAGAACCUGGAACGCCUCCAACACCAAAGACUGAC